CCUUCCCCUGUUCUUCCAAUCUCAGGCUGUCAUGGCGACUCCCAACAAUGCUACUCCCACCAACUGCAGCUGGUGGCCCAUUUCAGCUCUUGAGAAUGAUGCAGGGAAAUCUGCGGAGGUUGAGGACAGCCAGGACCCAACAGACCCCGCUCUCAGAUCCAAGGAUAGGCUGGUUUUGUAUCACUGGACCCAGUCUUUCAGCUCACAAAAGGUCCGCCUGGUCAUCGCGGAGAAGGGGCUGCCGUGCGAGGAGCGGGAUGUCAGCAUGCCCCUGACUGAGCACAAAGAGCCCUGGUUCAUGCGUCUCAACCUCGGGGAGGAGGUGCCCGUGAUUAUCCACGGAGACAACAUCAUCAGCGACUACAACCAGAUAAUUGACUACAUGGAGAAGAACUUCACAGGAGAAAAUGUUACCCAGCUGAUCCCCGACACCGGGAGCAUUCUCCACACAAGAGUGGUGCAGUACAGAGAGCUCCUGGACUCACUGCCCAUGGACGUCUACACUCACGGCUGUAUCCUCCAUCCCGAGCUCACCACUGACUCCAUGAUUCCAAAGUACGCUACAGCUGAAAUCCGCAGACACUUAGCUAAUGCCAGUACGGAGCUGAUGAAGCUGGACUACGAAGGGGAGCCCCAGCUGACUGAGCCAUACCUUUCCAAGCAGAAGAAACUCAUGGCCAAGAUCCUGGAACACGACAAUGUGAGCUACUUAAAGAAAAUCCUUGGCGAGCUGGGAAUGGUGCUAGACCAGAUUGAAGCCGAGUUGGAGAAGCGGAAACUCGAGUAUCAAGGGCAGAAGUGCGAACUCUGGCUCUGCGGAUGCAUCUUUACCUUGGCCGACAUCCUACUGGGAGCCACCCUGCACCGCCUCAAGUUUCUAGGACUGUCUAAGAAAUACUGGGAAGAUGGCAGCAGACCCAACCUACAGUCCUUCUUUGACAGGAUACAAAAACGCUUUGCCUUCAGGAAAGUUUUGGGAGACAUACACACCACCCUUCUCUCAGCCGUGGUACCCAAUGCCUUCAGGCUUGUCAAACGGAAACCCCCCUCCUUCUUUGGAGCCUCCUUCCUUAUGGGAUCUCUGGGGGGAAUGGGAUAUUUCGCUUAUUGGUAUUUAAAGAAAAAAUACAUCUAAUGCUGGUUGUUUGGUGUUUAGUUUGGUGUCUCUGUGCUGUGUGAAAUCACGAUGAAUCCUCAGUAACUGUAAUGAAAUUUGAAACAAGGUAUGAAUAAUUAUAUUGUUGAUGUAACAUUCCAUAGUUAGAAGUAGAAACUUAUACUGCAAGGAAAUAAGACACAAAAAUAAGUCAACUUAUAAAUGGCUUUUUUUAGGUUUAAGUAUUAAACGGUAGCGACCAGUGAGUGUCACACUCGGGCACUUACUGGGCUUACACACCUGUCAUGGAGUGAAACUGCCUCCAGAGCAGGCAAAUUCCGGUGGAAGAGAGAUGGCAACCCCGGAAAAUUUUCAAAACCCCAGGUUAAACUAUGGGAUUUGGAUACUCUGUGCUGUACCUUUAUGUUUUCAAAAUGUACAUUGGCCGCAUCACACAUUUCACAGGUGCAAGUAGAGGGGCCGUUCUUCUUCUAGAAACUGUUACACUCUUGUGAUCUGGGGUCUUUCCUGGAAGCAGAGAGGACACAGCCAGUUGGGGGGUAUAGUAGCCGUUCAAGAUCAAGGUGGAGUUGAAUGAUUUAAUUAUCCAUUUUUUAAAUUAUUUCCAUUAAAUCAAAUAUUUUUAAUGAGCUUCUCUUAGAAUGUAUCCACCUUCUACGCCUGCUUUUUUUUUUAAAUGUUUAACGUGUGUCUUUUACUAAGAGCCACAUUUAUUUCUCAGUGAUAUCAUUUUGACUUCCAGACUGAAUUCUGUCUGACACAGAUUUUUUUUUAGCCUUGCAGCUCUUUGCCUUGAAUUUCCUUUCUGGAUUUGCAAAACACCUUUCACCGACGGAGCUUCUUGGGACUCUGAAAAAUGCAAGCGUUCUCAGAACUUUUCUGCACUUGCCUGAAGACGCUUUUGUUUUCUCUUCUGUUAGGGGCUCUUCUCAGUAAUUUUCUCCCUGUGUAUUUUCUUAGAGACACUUUGCACAGAAUCACGUUUAUCACUUUCUUGUGCCUUUUGCAUGUUGGAAAGAAUAAUGGGUGUCACUGCUACUGAUGCUUAGAAAACUACGAGAUCCAGAAUAAACCAGAUGGGAGGCGUAACUGCUUUACAUUUCUAAAUGUGUUUAACAUCAGUUGACUCUUAUUUCAAAGUGGGUCAGUAUUUGGAGGGAUUGUCAGAUGGUUUGUGCUGUUUCCUUGCACAGUAAGGAUUGAUAUAAAGCCCAAAUGGAAGCAAUAUAACCUCCCUUUCAAUCAAAUCUUUCUAGCGAGAUCUAAGCCUGUUAGAAUUUCCUCUACCUAGUUUUCAGAGCUCCAAGUGAUCACUGGCAAAUAGCACUGCAUCUCUAGAUUUGGUAGCUAACAAUGAACUCUGCACAAGUGCUAGGAAUCACAUUGUGCCUCGCCUCUGGUACAAAGUGGCAAAAGUAGUUUCUUUAUGCAUUUGUGAGACGUAGGAUUUCACAGCAACGUCAGUGGUUCCCCGCCCUGCGAGUCAUGAAAUCAUGAAAAAUUCACCAGAAACAACAUGAGGGACCAAUGUGUACAUUUUUGGACAAAUGUGCAGGCAAAAAUGCACAAACUUCCUCUGUAUUUUCACGAUCAGUUACACAUACAGUUGAGCAUGCAGUCACUCGGUUUGAGUGUGCAAUCAUUUGCACAUAGAUGAGGUACCCAAUUCAUGCACACAUUUUUCCUAGACGUUAGACCCAUAUUUUUCAAAAUGUGUGUGUAUGCAUGCAUUGCUCUAUUGGUACAUGCAAAACGUGCCUCCAUUGGUACAUGCAAAACCCUCAUACCAGCAUUUGUACAUGCAACUUGGGCAACUGUACAUGUCUAUUUACAUGACCAAAUGGGUGUAAUGUUUUAUGGGUAAACUCAUUCCUACAAAUAUUGUUGGUGUAUUUGUGGAAACUUGGUGGUAAUUUGGCCCGAAGUAUCCAGUAUAGGAGACACUGAAUUUGGUACAUUUUAAGGAGGGCAGGAGACAGAAGAGUCUCCCAAUUUCCUCCCCUUGUUUAAAAGCUUGAAAGGAAAUGGCUAAUGUAGGAACACGUGGUUGCCACACUAGAGCAGGCCAAUGGUCCAUGUAAAGCAGUGAUUCUCAACCUUUCCAGACUACUGUACCCCUUUCAGGAGUCUGAUUUGUCUUGCGUACCCCCAAGUUCCACCUCACUUAAAAACUACUUGCUUACAAAAUCAGACAUACAAAUACAGAAGUGUCAUAGCACACUAUCACUGAAAAAUUGCUGACUGUCUCAUUUUACCAUAUAAUUAUAAACUAAAUCCAGCUGGAAUACAAAUAUUGUACUUUUUUCAUUGUAUAGAAUAUAGAGCGGUAUAAACAAGUCAUUUUCUGCCUGAAAUGUUAGUUUGUACUGCCUUCGCUAGUGCUUUUUAUGUAGCUUAAUGCACUGCUGGAGGCACCUAGGUACUACGGUGAUGAUCACAGUGAAAGAAACUCUCUGGACUCGAAUAGAAACAUACCCAACAGCGAGCACUAACUGGUAAUGCUUACCAGAGGGGUCCUCUUCUGAGAUUUUUAUGUCGAUUAAAUAAACAAUUCAGAAAAGGUGGAAGAGGCAAACAACUCCGGCAUGUUCCCAGUGUCAGUGAGUCUGGUUUCCCUAGUAAUUCACUCAGCAGUGAAAUCAGCUGGAGACUCUGGCUAAAGUAAGCACUCCAGGGAAAGACAGUGAGAGUAAAAAAUGGCAAUCAGAGGGACUGUUGGGGAGAGUAGGUGGAUAGCAAAGGCACUGCCACAAUGAACCACUGGAUGAGCAUUACCAUUCCAACCAACCUAUAUUAACGCACAUACUUCAUUAUGGUGCAGUCCUGCUACGGUUAGAAGCAGUUAGGAUCAAAUGUAAUCCCAGAUCCACAUGAGUUGGCCUUUAUCUGCAAGCCUCUUCUAUUCACUCAGGUGACGAAUGGUUCUGUCCCUAUCACUGUAACCUUAACGUGGAACCAGGCAACAGCUGCAACAGAACCCUCCUAGACAAGGGUUUCCCCGCCUGAGGUGCUCUUGAUAGGCAGAACUAGUGACCAGCUGCAGAUGUGGCACCCCAGCCCUUAGGGCUAGAUGGGGACUUCAGGCACAGCCCUGAACAACAAGGGGUGGCGCAUAAGUUGCAACACCACAUGAUUGCUGCUGGGCGACGUGCCUGAGACCGAGUAAAUUCCCAUUUUGCUUCUGGGCAUAGUAAUUGACAGCUGUCCUUCCCAUCAGUAGUUGCUACCCCUCUCCCCCCUACUGACUUAGCUACAUAGGCCGGUAAGCAGGGGAUGGGGGUUCAUGCCGAGGAUCUGCCCAUUCCCUCCCCCGGCCCAUUUACAGGCUCCUGGGAGGGAGUAAGCAGGCAAGUAGCUCCACUUACUCCUUUGAACUAAGGCCCCCAGAAGGGUGUAAGGAGAAUUCUUCUUCCCUUAUAUGGGGGUGUAGUUUGAGCCACAAUCUAGCCCUAUGUGUUUUAACUUUCAUUUUAAAAGGGCCUCAACCUGGCUUUCGAUUUUGCUCCUCCUAUUUUCAGCUUUUAAAAGUCUAACUCCCUGAUUUGUGGAUGCAAUCAAGUUUUUAGACAUCUAAGUGCCUUUACGUUUUUCUUUGCGCUCCAAUCCUGAACCUGCAAUUAUUUGGGGACAGAAAAUCAGAGGCCACUUUCAAAACUUUUGGUCUUUUAGUAUUUAUCAGAGAUCUGUGUUUUCUGUGGCAAUGAGUGAGCUGUGGAUACAUUGUGUCCUUUGGGUAAUCAAGACUUUAACUUUCAGCUGGAGAUUCCAAACAAUUUCAUCUCUAUUCCCAGCUAUUGUUCCAGUUAAAAUGGCUCCCAAAACAAAGGUUUUUAAAUCUCUUUUUUUCUGUGGGUUUUGUUUGAAAGCUUCAAUAAUGAAAAAGGUAAGUGUACGUCAUUUUAUCUGGCAAUUGAUCUUGUCCUGUCACACCUUACUAGUCUCCUUCAUUUUUCAAGUCAGAGGGGAAACUCCCCCCCCAGAAAUGGUGCAUUCAAGAAUAAAACUGAUCAGAUGAUGAGGGGAGCGAGAACAUGAUAUAGCGCCUUUCCUUUCUAGGUUGCCAAUAAGAGCCAAGCCCAGGUUCGCAGUGUUCAAAGAACAGCUGGUGACUGUUUUGUGACUCAUGUGAAAUUAGUGGCAGGAUCAUAGUCUGUUUCUGACAAGUGUCCACAUGACACAAUUGUGGGCAGCCUGAACAACUCGGGUACGGAGUGCAGGGCCAUGGAGCUAGAAUUAUCCUCUCAAAUUGCUCCUCUAAGGGCGGGAUUGGUCAAGGUCCAUAGAUGGGGCAGAGUGGGGGAAGUUUGCACUGGCACUGCACGUGUUGUGCCUGUUUGAGACUAAAUAGAUACGUGACUUCGCAUCCAGGACAUCAAUCAAAAGGGGGGGGAAAUCAUAGCAAAUGUUAGUGGUUGUGAAACAUGAGUCAUGUUUUAAACUUAUGCCAAAAGAAACUCUACAGCAUUGGUCAACACCAUCAAGAGUUAAGGCAAACCAAUCUGAGUUACUCCAAAAUCCUGUUUUAGGACACAACAAUAAUGCACCACAUUUAUCAGCUAUUACUAAUGGCCUUUAGAUAUUGAUAAGUCACUGAAUGAAUAAUCCAAGGAUAAGGAAACUGCUCUAUCAGAAAUUAAAUAACCCAGUUUUGCAUCUGCAGGUAUUCAUAGGAUAGUGGCGAAUAAAGUUCUGACCCAACAUUGAAGUCAAUGACAAAGCUUUCAUUGAUUCAGUGGGGCAGAAUCAAGCCCCAUGGCCCCAAUUCACCAAACCAGUGCUUUUGUUAUCCAACAAAGAACUUAAUCACAAGCUUAACUUCAAGCACAUGCUUAACUCUCAUUGGCUUUAAUGGGGUGUAAACAUAUGCAUAAGCACUUGUGUGAACAGGGUUAGACCUCAGCAUGUGCUGAAGGGUUUAGCUGAAUUGGGGCCUAAAUGACCAAGAACUAGGGAAUCCAGACCAAUCCAUUUCCAGUAUUGAAUAUAACUAAUGCCAGGUUUUUAGCUGGUUGAGGCCAAAAAUGAUGGCUCUUUUGUUCAGUCUGAAAUAAAUACAUUAAACCCAUGAGUGCAUUUCACAUCCUUUGUUCUUGCGUUGGUUUUCUAGCAUGUCCAAGUGACUUUACGUUUUGCUAUUACAUUGUCCUUUAUUGUACAGGGACAUUUACAAGAGUUUCCCAUCCUUCACUAUGAGAAAUUACACUAUACGAACACUGUCUGUCAUGUUUUUUAAAAUGACUUGUAUAUUGGAAAUAUUAUAAUCUUGUUUUAAGAAAAUAAAAUAGAUGGGUAAUUGGUUCAUCACA